GUAUAACGUGACCUAACCACGACGUCCAUUAGUAGUUGAAAAAUUUCGACAGCUGAUUGCAUGCUAUUUUUUUAGAAAGGAAAAAUGAAAAAACGUAAAUAAAAUACAGUGAGUGAAAUUGAUCCCGAAGUAAAUAAAUAAAUACAAUCAGUAAAAAUGUCGAGACAUAGAGACGUGCGUUGUAUGAAUUAUUCGGAUGAAUAUGACGGGUACGAUGAUGUUUACGGACAUUCUGUAGAAGAUGACUACUGUGUGUCCCCUGGUGCCGAGCAGUUUAUGUAUGACAGAAAUAAGUCGGCCAACAUUUCGUCCUUCAUAACCGAGCCGAAUAUUGCAGAAGGCAAUGAAGAGGAAGUCGAUGAACAACUGGCGAGUUAUAAAACUCCACCACUUACGGAAUUGGAUAAAGCAAAAUUAAUGUCUUGCAUAGAUUCCAUCAGAGCAGUUAUCGGUGAAACGGUUUCAGAAUCGGAACUAAAGAAACAAAUCAUAGAGUUUGACUACAAUACAGAAGCAGUUUUAGAUUCGAUUUUAAACUCUGCCUCGUCUAAGAAAACAGAAGAACAAACACCAAGCAAACGUUCCUCGGACUUCUCAUUAGGUAACAAGUCGACACCAAAAUCAGCUUCACAAUUAGCGAAGCCAGCGAUAAAAAUCGUCCCCGCAGCUGCUCGUUCAAUCAUCAAAGGUUUUGACGUGAGUGGAACAGAAAAUACAGAUCUUCUUCAUUCUCGAAUAUCAAGUCCACGUUCUCAAAGUCCAAGUUCUGAGCGAAAUUCGCCGGACAUUAGGCGGAGGGACGAUUUGAGUUUCAAAGAGAAAAAAUCCGGAUUUUCGAAGUCAAGUACACCAAGAUGUCAGUCGCCAAUUUCAGGAACUGCGUCGCCCGAACCGGAUUCCAGGCAUAAGGCUGUCGAGGAGAAGGGAGACGCUUUCGCUGUCUUCAAGAACAAACGAGGAGAUGCCAAGGAACAAUUGCAUCUGGUUGUCGUGGGACACGUGGAUGCUGGAAAAAGUACUCUUUUGGGAAGACUUCUCUGUGAUUUGGGUCAGGUCUCGUCCAAACUUAUUCACAAGUAUCAGCAGGAGAGUAAAAAAAUUGGCAAGCAAUCAUUUGCCUACGCUUGGGUUCUGGAUGAAACUGGUGAAGAGAGAGAACGAGGGAUCACUAUGGACGUAGGUCAUUCAAAAUUUGAAACCAGCACAAAAUGUAUAACUCUGUUAGAUGCACCAGGUCAUAAGGAUUUCAUACCGAAUAUGAUAACUGGCGCAACUCAAGCGGAUGUUGCCCUUUUGGUUGUGGAUGCAACGAGAGGAGAAUUUGAAACUGGAUUUGACAGUGGCGGACAAACUCGAGAACAUGCUAUUCUUUUACGAUCUUUGGGUGUUUCUCAAUUGGCUGUGGUUGUGAACAAACUUGACACGGUUGAAUGGUCGAAAGAAAGAUUCAACGAAAUUGUUAAUAAAAUGAGCAAUUUUCUAAAACAAGUAGGAUUCAGGGAUACCGUGACGUUUGUCCCAGCCAGUGGAUUAUCCGGCGAAAACAUUGUUUCACCUCCAAAAGAGGUUCUUGCAAGUUGGUACAGUGGACCAACCUUAGUUGGCGUUAUCGAUAACUUCAAAUGUCCAGAGCGACCAAUUGAUAAACCUCUUCGAUUUUCCGUAAACGACAUUUUCAAGGGCACAGGCUCCGGAUUCUGCAUUUCCGGACACGUUGAAACUGGCUUUAUUUCCAUAGGCGAGAAAGUUAUUAUCUUGCCGCAAAAUGAAAUGGCUCAUGUGAAGGGAAUUCAAAUCGAUGAAUCUCCAACGACACAUGCCUUUGCUGGAGAUCAGCCUGUGUUAAUUCUUUCUGGAGUGGAGCAGCAAAAUAUUGCAAUUGGCGAUAUCGUUAGCAGCGUGCAGCAUCCAAUACCAGUAACCUCUUGUUUCCAGGCGCACAUUGUUAUUUUCACAAUAACAAAUCCCAUCACAAAGGGAAUGCCCGUUGUAAUGCAUCUACAGUCGUUGAUUGAACCAGCGGUGAUAACGAAAUUAAUAGGUCAAUUGCAUAAAAGUUCAGGCGAAGUAGUGAAGAAGAAACCUCGAUGCUUACCGAAAAAUUCCAGUGCAAUCGUCGAAAUAGCAACGCAAAGACCAAUUUGCAUGGAAUUGUAUAGAGAUAUUAAACAACUUGGCCGAGUUAUGUUGAGAGUGCAGGGCACAACAAUCGCAGCCGGUCUCGUUACAAAAAUCAAAUGAAUCAACAAAAACGAUUAGCAAGUAAAAAUAAUAAAGUCUCUUUAGACGAAACAAUUCAAUUUGUACAUUUUUUAAAAUACUGUUUUUAGUUUAUACAAUUAUUUAA